GAGCCGGGCCCCGUCGCUGGCUCGCUUUCCGGCCGGGGCGCGGGGCGCCUGGGUGCCGCCGCCGGCCCCUUUCGCUUCUCCCUGGGCCCCCUGGCUCCUGACCCCGGUGGCGGCUGGUCUGUGACGAGAGGUCGGGCCGGGCCGGCUCUGGCCUGACCUGCGAGGUGACCUUGGUCGAGUCCCCGGUCGCGCGGAGCCGCGGCGCCCGUGUGUGGCGCGGGCCUGUCAGGGACCCAGUUCCCCCGCGGCUGAGGACACAGAUCUAGAGCGCCCCCCGCCCCAGGCUGCCCCGUGGCAGGGGAAGCGCCAGGCCGCCUGGGGCGGAGCGGGGGAGCUCGGUCUGGGUGGGGGAGAUGCCCCUACGUGUGAAAUGGCCGUUCCCCGCGGUGCCGCCGUUCACCUGGACCCUGGCCAGCAGCGUCGUCAUGGGCCUGGUGGGCACCUACAGCUGCUUCUGGACCAAGUACAUGAACCACCUCACCGUCCACAACAAGGAGGUGCUGUACGAGCUCAUCGAGAACCGAGGCCCAGCCACGCCCCUCAUCACUGUUUCCAAUCACCAGUCCUGCAUGGAUGACCCUCAUCUCUGGGGGAUCCUGAAACUCCGCCACAUCUGGAACCUGAAGUUGAUGCGUUGGACCCCCGCGGCUGCAGACAUCUGCUUCACCAGAGAACUACACUCCCGCUUCUUCAGCUUGGGCAAGUGUGUGCCUGUGUGCCGAGGAGACGGUGUCUACCAGAAGGGAAUGGACUUCAUUUUGGAGAAGCUCAACCAUGGGGACUGGGUGCACAUCUUCCCGGAAGGGAAAGUGAACAUGAGCUCUGAGUUCCUACGCUUUAAGUGGGGAAUCGGACGUCUGAUUGCCGAGUGUCAUCUCAACCCUGUCAUCCUGCCACUGUGGCAUGUUGGUCACCGUGCUCCACCCCAUGCCCGCUUCCUGGCCUCUGUCCACUGUGCUGCAGGAAUGAAUGAUGUCCUUCCUAACAGCCCGCCCUACUUCCCCCGCUUUGGACAGAAAAUCACCGUGCUGAUCGGGAAGCCCUUCAGCGCCAUGCCUGUACUUGAACGGCUCCGGGCAGAGAACAAGUCGGCCGUGAGUUGUCUCUCUGCCCUGCCACCCCCCACUUCCCUUUGCCACCCGGCAGCUGUCUUAGCCUCUCCCGGCACCCUCAGCCUCCCAGGGCUCCUGGGCAGAGCUCCCUGAGGGCCGCAGGCCAGCCUGAGUCCUUCCCCUCAGGUGGAGAUGCGCAAAGCUCUGACGGACUUCAUCCAGGAAGAAUUCCAGCGCCUGAAGGUCCAGGCGGAGCAGCUGCACGGCCACCUGCAGCCCGGGAGAUAGACGGUGCCCUCACUUCCUCCUGCAAGGGGGCGCUGGCCCCCAGGCCCGGGACAGAGGCAGCUCCCACCCAGGCCCUGGCCACCGGCCGCCGGCCGCCAGCGCUGUCUCCAGGCUCUUGCCCUGCACAGAGCUGAACUGGGGGACGGACUGAUGUUUUGAGCAGAUAUGUUCUUUUAGACAGAUUUGUGCACAACCCCAAACAGGGAUCAUGUCCCAGCUGGUGAGCAUUCCCUCUGCUCUGAGCUGCUUCGGUUGAAGGAAGGGUUUCAGCUACUCCUCCCACUUGGCCACGAGAGGAGGAAAAAAUUUCGGCAGGGACCUCCUUCCUCUCCCAGGGCUGGCGUCAGGACGGAGGGUACUUGAAGGGGGGCAGGUGGCCAGGCCAGAGGUCCGCACAGGACUUCAUGAGGCCCUUGGCUUGGCAUCCACCCGAUAGGCCUGAUCCAGGAGCUGCCUCAGCACGUCCUCAGGGACGGCCGUCGGCCACCUCUUCCUUCCGCCCACACUUCCCACAGGCGUGGGGUCCUCAGGCAGGGCCCAGCUCCACGCCGCGAGCAGAAGGGCAGCCUUUUGCUAGAAGUGAAAUCCAGCUGGAUGGAGCCUGUGGCAAGGGCCCGAGACCCAACCACUCACCCGUGUGCCGGGGCCCAACAACUGCUCUGUCUUUUCCACCUCCCUGGCAUCACCAGAGACCCCUGGGGCCUGGGUUUUCAUGUUUUGUAGCCAAUAAAGCAUCUGUGUCGUGUUUUA